AGAAUAAAAAUACAAAGAAGAAGUUAAUCAAAAGCUUCAGUAGUGAUUACAGAGUGAAGCGAACGAUAUCUCCCACCAAAGAGUGAUAAUAAUAACUCUAUCUCUCUCUCUCUCUCUCUCUCUCUAAAAGAAGAAGAUUGAAUUCUCGAAGCUCAACAAUGGCAUUCGAGUCUCCAAACUCUCAAUUUCGGCUUCACAUUCCGAUUAUAUCGCGACCGUUCGAUCCUCAUUCAAUGGCGGAUACAAAUUGUUUUUGCUACUAGUGGUGUUUUUUGGUAUAUUCAGAGUCGUCUGUUCGUCUGCGGAGCGAUCUGGCCGUCGGUUUGGUUGACUAUUAUUGCAGAUCUGGAUAACAAUGUCGGUGUUGAGGCGUUUCUUCGCUGUUUCUGUCGGCACUGGGGCAUUGGAAAAGGUCCAAUGGUUUGUGCUCAAGCAGUUGCUUGUUUUAUCUUAUGUGUUAUACAUCACUGAUGCCAGUUUACUCAAUAAUCUAUUUGGAGCAAACUUGGUAUCUCCAACAAGAGCACCUUUAGCUGCUCCUGCUAAUCCUGAUCUGCCCCUGCCAGCCAAUGUACCGUCAUUCCAUAAGCCACACUGGAAACACUUUUCACCUCAUGGUGCUCCAAAGCUUGUUCUAGCACCAUCUCAGCCUCCAAAUUAUGGCCCACUAGUAACUUCUACUCCACCCUCUAAAAGCUCACGCCCGUCAAAUCCAUCAAUGAAGAAGAGCGGCUUAGCGCCUCCUCGUUUGGAAAAUAUUGCUCCAACACCAUCCAGUGCCAGUACAAUUCCUACCAGUUUAGCUCAGCCGCCACUGUCUCCUCUUGCCUCCAACUGUUGCGGACCAGACAUGGUGCUGAAACGAGGGUCCCAGGAUUGCCAUUGCGUGUACCCUAUAAAGAUUGACCUUCUCCUUUUGAAUGUCUCAUCAAACCCAAAUUGGAGUCUUUUUUUAGAAGAAUUUGCUUCUCAACUUGGUUUGCGGGUUUCCCAGAUAGAGUUGAUCAACUUUUAUGUUGUCGGUUUAUCAGGACUUAAUAUUUCAAUGGAUGUUACUCCACAUACAGGAUUCAGUUUCUCUGCCAGUGAAGCAUUUGCAAUAAACUCUUCACUCUCUACGCAUAGGGUUCAUUUGGACCCUACUUUAGUGGGCGAUUAUGAGCUUCUCAACAUAACCUGGUUUAAGCCCCUUGCUCCAUCUCCUGCUCCCCUUAUUGCCACAUCACCCACAAAAGCAUCUCCGCACUUGCCCUCAACUCCUACAUCACUUGGCACUUCGAACAAGGGGAAAGAUCCAAAUUUGAUUCUUAUUGUUGGAAUUGUUGCUGCCAUCCUGAUCAUUGCUGUUAUAUCCGUCCUCAUAAUAUGUUCAUGUUCUCAUCAAGGGAAGACAAAUGCACCUAGUAAAGAGACUGCAAAGCCAAGGAAUGUGGAUGCAGUUCCAGCAGCAGGAUCUCUUUGCCACCCAACUAGUACACGGUUUCUUGAAUAUGAAGAACUUAAAGAAGCAACAAAUAACUUUGAACCUGCUAGUAUACUCGGAGAGGGUGGGUUUGGCAGAGUUUUUAAGGGUGUAUUAAGUGAUGGUACAGCUGUAGCAAUAAAGAGGCUUACUAAUGGAGGGCAACAAGGGGAUAAAGAAUUUCUAGUUGAGGUUGACAUGCUUAGUAGGUUGCAUCACCGUAAUCUUGUGAAACUUGUGGGUUAUUAUAGCAGUUGUGACUCCUCACAGAACCUACUUUGUUAUGAGCUUGUCCCAAAUGGAAGUUUGGAGGCUUGGCUUCAUGGUCCAUUGGGAGUAAAUUGUCCGCUGGAUUGGGACACCAGAAUGAAGAUUGCACUUGAUGCUGCUAGAGGACUUGCAUACCUGCACGAAGACUCCCAACCUUGUGUUAUCCACAGAGAUUUCAAGGCAUCCAAUAUAUUGCUUGAGAACAACUUUCAUGCUAAAGUUGCCGAUUUUGGCCUUGCUAAGCAAGCGCCUGAAGGCAGGGCAAAUUACCUAUCUACUCGUGUGAUGGGCACAUUUGGCUAUGUAGCCCCUGAAUAUGCUAUGACUGGACACCUACUAGUAAAAAGUGAUGUCUACAGCUAUGGAGUCGUCCUCCUUGAGUUGCUGACUGGAAGGAAGCCUGUUGAUAUGUCCCAACCAUCAAGACAGGAGAACCUUGUUACUUGGGCCAGGCCAAUUCUGAGGGAUAAAGACCGGCUAGAAGAGCUUGCUGAUCCAAGACUAGGAGGGAAGUACCCAAAGGAAGAUUUUGUACGGGUUUGCACGAUAGCGGCUGCUUGUGUUGCUCCCGAGGCAAGCCAAAGGCCCACAAUGGGAGAAGUGGUACAGUCACUUAAAAUGGUGCAGCGCAUCACGGAGUAUCAGGAUUCCAUGUUAACUUCCUCCAACGUGCGGCCCAACCUCAGGCAGUCAUCAACUACCUUUGAGUCAGAUGGGACGUCUUCAAUGUUCUCGUCUGGUCAUUACUCUGCUCUAAGUGGUGCCUUUGAUAAUGAUAACAUUUCUCGCACUGCUCUAUUCUCUGAAGAUCUUCAUGAAGGACGAUGAGAGAAUUUUACAAAGUUCACUGGAAGCCUUUACCUUAAUCCAAAGUUUUUUGACUAUCUGAUACAUGGUUUGCAAGGAAUUUCCCUAUGUGAAGAUGGAGAGUUCUAAACUGGGAUUUGGUGAAAAUGGAAAUGGCUUUAUUCAUUUUGAUGGGGGGUUGGAAAUUGGUUCUUCCUUCAUUAUCAUCAUUCCGUGUGGAGAACUAUUGUUUGGUUUUCCUGGAUGAAAUGUUUGUACAUAUGCCUGGUAGUUUUGAAUCAAUUCCUUGUUUUCUUUUUGUCAUUUUAUUUUCUUUCGUUCAUGUGAGAUUUUCCAGUAUUCGGGUUUUAA